GUCGCGUAAACCCCGUGAAAAACACGGUGACGAUGACGGAGCGGGUGGUCACCAGCACCGCGGCGUUCCACUUCUGAAGCGGGAAGUGAUCGUUCAGUGCUCGUGCUCGAGACGCCGGUCUCUGGACUCGUCGAAGAGGAGGACGAGUGGACGAGUCACUCCAAAGGCGGACCGGAAAGAGUCGCGCGAUUCACGUAAUUCACGUUUCCCGCGAUCGAGGAGGGUGCCGUUGACGAAAGGUCAGCCCCCGGUAGCUCGGCCGCCGUCCGCCGUGGUCUUCUUCGUGCAUAUGUGUGUGCGCGUGUGAUAUGCCGGCGCCCCACUCUCUGGUGCAGCACGAAGCACGAUACGAUUCGUCCCUUAAAACUGACUCCUCGCCUCGCACCCCGGGGGUCCGGUCGUCGUCGUCGUCGUCGCCCGCUACUAUGCGUACCACGUAUUAACAGCGCAUAAACGCCGUCGUCGAGAAUGUACGCGCUGCAAAUGCAAACCGCCUGCCAGGGCGAGGGCACUCGUGAGCCCGAUGACCCCAGCACCCUUCAUCAGGAACCAGUGCGACCUGCCACCCAAGAUUGCAGUUCUUUCGAUAUUGUCAGAGCUACACAGUAUGGGGCGUUGGAUCGAGUGACACAGUUGGUGGAAGGUGGUGCCGACGUGAACCAGCCGGAUUCGGAGACUGUGACAUUGUUGCAUUGGGCUGCUAUAAACAAUCGCAAAGAUAUUGUUAAAUAUCUUAUUGCAAAGGGAGCCGUAGUCGAUGCUGUUGGCGGUGAAUUAGCUUCUACGCCAUUGCAUUGGGCUACGAGACAGGGCCAUCUCUCCACUGUUGUAAUACUGAUGAGGGCAGGUGCUGAUCCAACCUUGAGGGAUUCCGAAGGUUUCUCUUGCGUACACCUGGCGGCACAAUUUGGCCACACGGCCAUAGUGGCUUAUUUGGUGGCAAAAGGCGUCAAUCCAAAUAUGCCGGAUAGAAGUGCCAUGACUCCCCUUAUGUGGAGCGCCUAUAAAGUCAAUAGUCUUUCUUUUUACAGUCUAGAUCCAACACGACUGUUGUUGACUCUAGGUGCGUCGCACUCACUUACCGAUAAUCUGCACGGUAACACAGCCCUGCAUUGGGCUAUUAUAGCAAAAAACAACACGGCAAUUUCCACCUUGGUACAACACGGAGCCUCGUUAGACGUGCCCAAUUUUCAAAAUGAAACUCCAAUGACGUUGUUAGGCCCGCACAUCGGCGCCGCGUGGUUAGGGCAUAAAAUCAGUCACGAAAUUAAGGAGAAGCAAGGUCGUACGAGAACAUGGUGUAGAGAUAAGAGAAUUCGUUGGUAUUGCAUGGUCAGUACGCCAUUUAUAGCGUUUUAUGUGAUCGGUAUGGUUCUACAGAGUGGAUGGGAUUAUUUAUUAAAACUAGGUGCCUUCAUCACCCUUUAUGUAGUGGUGUAUCUAAUGAACCAUUUCGUGUUCGAUGAACGGCUGUUUCUCAUUUUGCCAAUGUCGAUUUAUUUGGCAACCAAGAUGUGGAUAUACGUCACAUGGAUAUUCUGGCUAGGUAUCCAUGCAGCAUGGUAUUUAUGGUUGUUAUUAGUCGGUGGAUCCGUUCCUCUCUGGAUAUGCUUCCUGCAGUCUUGGCGGGGUGAUCCCGGAAUUAUCGUGGCUACUCAGGAGGAUAAAUUGAAUCUUUAUUUGCAGACGAUAAUUGAAUUGGCUGAGUCGGGUGGUUUCGAGCCGCAAUGGUUCUGCAGUAGUUGUCUAGUCCGAAGACCCGUGAGAUCUAAACAUUGUUCCACAUGUGAUCGUUGCGUAGCGCGAUUCGAUCAUCAUUGUCCAUGGGUUAAUAACUGUAUUGGUGCACAUAACCACAAGUAUUUCCUUGGAUUUGUGGCGUCUUUGCUGGGAUUGUGUAUCGUUAUCUUAUCUGCCAGUAUACAAUAUUGGCAAUUCGAGUGUUGGUCGAACUUAACGAACGGUCAUAGCGCGGACAGCUAUCUAGUAGCUGCAGCUACCUGCGAUGCUUGGGUAAUGUGGGUGGCAGCCAACACGUCCCUUCAUUCUUUCUGGGUUGGGACUUUGUUGGCGUGUCAAUGUUAUCAGAUCAUGGUCCUGGGAAUGACAACGAAUGAACGUAUGAAUGCCGGUCGUUAUAAACACUUCAAGCAGGGGAACCCGUUCCAUCGCGGUGCCCUGCAGAAUGCCGCUGACUUUUGCAACUUCAGCUUUUGCGGAGUGAAGGCGAAACCUAGCUCGGAUUGGUUGCACAGUUUCGAUCUCAAGCAAAGCAUCGAGAAGUUACCUUUGCUCGCGCAGAAAGAUAAUUUUCAGUAUGUUUAAAGUUCUGUAAGCAGCCGUGAGAAGCUAAUUGUACACACAUACAUACACCAUAUCACUUAUGCCUGACGUACUCCUUGGGCCACCAAAGAGUUGCCGCAAACAUGUAAGUGACUUUCCAGGACGGCAGUAAUUAUGCAUACACGGGCGAUUACGUUCGCAUAUUCUCUAAGCUCUAUUAUACAGCAAUCGCUGAAUAACAAUUUUUCGAUGUCAUAUGUUUCGAUUUCAUAUGUCGUAAAAGACUGUUGCAUUGCGAAUGUGUGCAUAUCCCACCUAUACUCUACUUAAAGAUAUCUAUGAGUGAUUAAACGAUAAAAAUGCACAAAUUUUAUGAUUUAAAUUAACCCUUUGUUGCCUAAACAUAAUAAGCAUGAAAGAGUUUCUGUAUCAUUUAACUUUUAUUGUAAUAUAUAAACUAUGAUUAUCGAUAAAUAGAGAGAGACAUAUGAAAAGAAUUGCAGAUUAGAAAACUAAUUUGUAAUUGGGCAGCAUAGGGUUACUAAUUUCUUCAAUCAAUCAUUUCAAUUAUGCAUCAUCCUAUUUGUAUCUCUGAUAUCGAGAUUUCUUUUUACCAAACUAUAAAAUAAUUACUCUUUAUAUUAAACACAUAUUGUAAAUAUUUA